UCGGCUCUUCCAAUUCAGACAAAAGGGGGAGAGCGACAGAUCCGCGGCCGCGCGCACCGAGCACAGCAUCUGAGCACCUUGGAGACGCCGCCGGCUUUUGACGCGCAAGAACGCACCGGCACACGCAGCGACACGCGCCCUCCGCAUCCACCUGAGCGCGCCCCGAGUCGGCUGGUCGUCCAGUCCUGAGGCCGCGGAGAGCGACACCGAGCCCCGCUUCAUUUGCAGCCAGAACACCGUGUUCCCAUGAUGUCAUACCUGUGGAUUCUGCUAUUAGGGAGCCUGCUGGCUGCCAGCGCCAAGGCACAAGAUGAUCUACCUCCAGCAGAGGAGGAAGCAGCUCCUGAGAACUCGGCCCCUGAGGCUGCAGGGCCAGAAGCCGACGGAGAACCUGAGGCGGACAAGGAAACUGAGCCCGCAGCAGAGGAAAUACCACCAUCGGUGAGUGCACCCGAGCCUGACGCUGAGCCUGAAGCUGAGGCCGAGGUGGUAGCGACUGCAGGUGGGGACGUAGAGCCAGCAGCUCCUGAGGCUGGGGACGUAGAGCCAGCAGCUCCUGAGGCUGGGGACGUAGAGCCAGCCGCUCCUGAGGCUGGGGACGUAGAGCCAGCAGCUCCUGAGGCUGGGGACGUAGAGCCAGCCGCUCCUGAGGCUGAGGCAGAGGAAGAAGCGACUGCAGGUGGGGACGUGGAGCCAGCCGCUCCUGAGGCUGGGGACGUAGAGCCAGCCGCUCCUGGCGCUGUGGACGCGGAAGCAGCAGCUACGGAAGCAACGGAAGGCGGGGACGUAGAACCAGCUGCUCCUGAAGCUGUGGACACAGAAACAGCAGCUCCUGCAGCAGGGGACGUCGAACCAGCCGCUGGAGAUACAGAAGCAGUGACACCAGCCGCCGCAGCAGCAGCAGACGCAGAGGCUGAUGCAGCAGCAGGAGCAGCAGCAGCAGCAACACAAGAACCGGCAGCCGACCCAGAGGUCGCGGAGCUACCUACAGCUGUUGCAGAGGAUGAACCCACUGCAGGCCCCGAUGCAACGCCAGCUCCGGUGGAGAGUGGGCCUGACGCUGAGGCGGAUCCAGAUGUAGAUGACAAUCAGGAAGAACCAACUGAUCCAGCUGCAGCAAAACCAGAAGUUUCCGAUAAUAUUGUGACAGGAGUCAGGGCCCUUGUCCCUACAGUUGAAGAGGAUGUCGCUGACCUGAAUGCAGCACCUGUUGCUGGCCCCCAAGAAGAUGACAAGCCGCAGGCCCAAGAAGCCAGCUCCAGCUCUCUAGCAGGCAUCCUGUGUGGAAUUGCCGUGGCUGGUGUGGCAGCAGUUGCUGGAUACUUCACCUAUCGGAAGAAGAAACUGUGCUUCCAAAAUAGACAGGAAGCGGAUCCAGAGGCGGCACGCAAAGCUGACCCAGCAGAGGCUGAGUCAGAUCCGCAGGUCCUUGGCAACCUGCUGAACUCCCCCUAGACCAGCAAUGAUCAGACGACUGACUGUCUCGACCAACUACAGUCGACAAAGAGGCAAUCUCACUGUUAGGGCUCCGUCCUCUGUAGAGCUAUAUUACUGUGAGGCCCCAGAGUAGGGGCUGUGCGUGUGUGUGUGUGUGUGUGUGUAUGUGUGUGUAUGUGUGUGUGUGUGUGUGUGUGUGCGUGCGUGUGUGUGUGUGUGUGUGUGUGUGUGUGUGUGUUUGUGCGUGCGUGCGUGUGCAUGUGCAUAAAUGUGGGGUAAAAGGAGUUCGACAAGAAAAAAGAAAAGUAAAUAUUCUCUAUGUGAACCUUAGGGGUUUUAUGAUUGUCACAACUUAGGAAUUUAUUGAAAUGAUUGGCCAAAUUUUCUACUUUAAACCAAAUCAAAAAACUUUUGUUUGAUGAAUUAUGACCAUGGGGUGGCUAACUACCUUUUCUUAUUGUUAUUUGUAUGGCUACCAUCUAGUUCUUGUAAGUGUGAAUACAAACCAGUGACGGAUUCUGAUGUUGUAGUUAUUUAACUUUAUACUGAAUUCUUACAAGUGAAAUUUUCUAUUUCUGUCAUUGUUUGAGCCAUCCAUAUGAUUUUGAAAACCCGCUCACUUAAGUUAAAACAGCUCUCAUUUUCUAUACCAUUAUCUGCAGUAUACAUGCAGUAUAGACGGAUAACAGGGGGCUUCGAUAACUGCCACUGCAUCCCCCGGAUUUUGGUGAGGAAUGAUUGUAUAGGCCUUUUUCUCAGCAGACACGUUGACUUGUCACAGUGUGUUCCUGAUGAAUGAGACAAAGUUGUCUCCUGUGAAAAGGCCUGUAGGAUCCUAGGAUUCUGGGGGAUGCUCUUAAAUGGUCCACUCUGUGUGAAGAGGGCCUCUGAUGUCACUGUAUGUUUGUGUUUGUUUGUGUGUCUAUUGAUCGGUGAAGGGGCUUAGUCUUUAAUCCUGUUGGGUCACUAUCACUCUUCCUCAGUCUGGUCAGUGAAUGAAAUGAAGACAAUUCUAAUUAAACACUCAAAAGUACAAAUAAAAUUUAAAAUCUAUAUGCAAAUUCAAACAUAUGAAUUUAAUUACCAGUAUUUUCCAUACAAAAAAAAAGAUAUUUAAAAUAUAUUUCUAAAUUUAACGAAGGGGGUUGAAGUGACGUCUUGUCCAACCCAUUGUGACAAUGGAGGAAUGAUCACCUGAUAUGAACAAAUUCAAAAGAGGUCAUGUAGUGAUGUAUUACACAUUGUUCUGAUGUAGUCUGUGUUAAUCUAGUUGUGAUGCAGUAGUUUCUUCUCUUUAGUGCCUUUCACUGACGCAGCCUGACUUGACCAAUUUUCAGACACACAGAGGAGACCUGGAGCUAACGCAGUUGACGAAUGUAUCAAAAAAAUAUAUCUUAGACAGAUAAUUGAGGAAUGUAAAGUGAUGCUUGUGCGUGUAAAACUGUUCCAUUAUUGUACAUUAUUGCAACAGAUCUUACAUAUCUCUCCACAGAGGGCCAGUUAGUUAUUUUAUUUCCAGUAAUUUUUUUGACAAAUGUGGCAUCCCACACUGGUUAGACAGCCUCCGUUUAAACUUUCCUCACUGUGUGUCUCUUCAUGUGAGCAAGCCAGUCGCUGUGACAGUGUUUUUGUAUCAUUCAUAUCCCCACAUUACAAACGCCAUUCACCUGUGAUUUUUAUAUGAAUUCAAUAUUUAGCAGUGGUGCCUCAGAGCUGACACAGAUAAUCGUUCGUCAACUUGCUUGCUGUGGUAUUUUGUGAUUAUUACUGUGAAAUGCCGAAGCAGUGCUAUUGAAAAAAAAAGAAAAGAAAGCCCAACCUUUUUUUUUUUACAGCUGUAGCACAAAAAUAUUUACUUCUGAAUGUCUUUCUGUUGCCUUGCAGUUUUGUACUUGCUCUGCUCCCUUUAAACACAGGGUCAUAGAGGUCGCAUAGUGCUGCGGUUCAUGUUAAGUGUUACUUAAAGCACCAUAUAGCUGCAAUACAGGACAGAGACUGUUGCUAACAGCCUUGCCUCAAGCUGAGAAAUAUAGUCUUUGAUGUCACAUAUCAAAUAAUUCUACUGUAGAAACUGUCGACUGGAUGCCAGUUCAAAGUUCGCUUUGAAUUGCCUUCUUAUCCUGUAAUCUGUGAUAGACUGGGUUUCUCUCGACACACUAAACAGGUGGAUGUCUUAUGUCUGAAAUCUCUUAUGACCUUGCUACAUUGGGAUGGAGUGAUAAUGCACAAAGUACCCUCUGAAUAAUAGUACAAGCAUUCAGAUAUAGCCACUGAUGCCUUCAGAGCAGAAGAUUCUCCUUUUAAUGCAGAUCUGGCCUCCUCCGUGUGCUCCAGUGAGCGCAAUAGGAAUCAGCAUGAGCGCUCUGCUACCACACAGUGCACAAUAGGAAAGUUUUUACCCAGGACUGAUUUGAUGUAGAGACUAAAACAACAACAAAAUGUCCUUCAACAGAACAAGCACUGCUUGUGUUUUGAGCUGGGUCAACUUCAUUUUUGUCCCAGGCAGUCAGAUUCCUUGAAACUAUCCAAACCAGAAUGUAAACCAAGGCAAUCUUCAACUUAUUGGGUCCUGAAGUGCACUUUGCAGCUAAUGCUGGGGCAUCAAUCAUGGCGCUGACCAGUCCUGCCUUAUACCACCUCUUGAAUAUCCCAGAGAGGAAAACAAAAGAACCAUGUCAUCUACAGAGAGAAACGGUGAAACGAGCAGAGAUGUUUUGCAGGUUAUUUUAAUAGCAAUCUCUACGGGAGAAGCACUUUCCUAUCCUGUAUACGUCUUGAUUCAUUCAGCAUUCAUUUAGACAAUUCAUUUUCCAUUUAGAUUAGUGUAACUUUUUAUUUAAAUAUUCUGUGUUUUUGUUUUGUGUAGGAACCGUAGUCUUCAUUUUUGUCAUCUGGCACUUGUGUUGGUCUUCUGAAAUUGUGUAAAUAAUGUCUGAGGAGUCAAUUAAACGUGGGAGUUGGUGUGUUAUUCCCCUGCCAAAA